CAGCAGCAGCUCUUCGGGGUGGACUACAAACCCGUCAUCAGGUGGGAGCAGGUGGUGGAUCUGACAUACUCCCUGCGCCUCGGAGCGAAGCCCAAGCCCAUGGAGCAGGAUGAGGCUGCCGUAGAGAAGCUUCGGUUUGUGCCCCCAACAUGGACUUAUGAAUGUGACGAAGACCUGGUGCAUUUCCUGUAUGAUCACAUUGGGAAGGAGGAUGAGAACUUGGGCAGUGUCAAGCAGUACGUGGACAGCAUAGAUGUCUCGUCCUACACGGAGGACUUCAAUGUGUCAUGCUUGACCGAUAGCCACGCCGACACGUACUGGGAGAGUGAUGGGUCCCAGGGCCAGCACUGGGUGCGGCUCAACAUGAAGAAAGGCACCAUUGUCAAGAAGCUCCUGCUGACAGUCGAUACCACUGAUGAGAACUUCAUGCCCAAGCGUGUUGCUGUGUACGGGGGCGAGGGGGACAAUCUGAAGAAACUGAACGAUGUUGGCAUUGAUGAGAGCUACAUUGGGGAUGUGUGCGUCCUUGAGGACAUGACAGCACACCUGCCUGUCAUCGAGAUCCGGAUUGUGGAGUGCAGAGAUGAUGGGAUUGACGUUCGCCUUCGAGGCAUCAAAAUCAAAUCCUCCCGACAGAGGGACUUGGGGCUCAGUGCUGACAUGUUCCAGCUGCCCAAUUUAGUGCGCUACCCUCGUCUAGAAGGGACAGACCCUGACCUGCUGUACCGACGGGCCGUGCUCAUUCAAAGGUUCAUCAAGCUUCUGGACAGUGUCCUGCAUCACUUGGUGCCAGCCUGGGACCACACUAUUGGCACGUUCAGCAAACUCAAGCAUAUCAAGCAGUUCUUGCUGCUCUCCAAGAGGCGCACAGCUCUCAUUACCCAGUGUCUGAAGGACUCGGAGACUAGCAAGCCAAACUUCAUGCCGCGGCUCUAUAUUAACCGACGCCUGGCUAUGGAGCACCGAGACAACCCUGCCCUGGACCCCAGCUGCAAGAACGCUGUCUUCACCCAGGUGUAUGAAGGCCUGAAACCCUCAGACAAGUUUGAAAAGCCUCUAGAUUAUAGGUGGCCGUUGCGUUAUGACCAGUGGUGGGAGUGCAAAUUCAUCGCAGAAGGCAUCAUCGACCAAGGUGGUGGGUUUCGGGACAGCCUGGCGGACAUGUCGGAGGAGCUGUGUCCCAGCUCAGCAGACACCCCCGUGCCCCUGCCCUUCUUUGUGCGCACUUCCAACCAGGGUAAUGGCACUGGAGAAGCCAGGGACAUGUAUGUCCCAAACCCCUCCUGUAAAGAAUUCCCGAAGUACGAAUGGAUUGGGCAGAUUAUGGGAGCAGCUCUAAGGGGCAAGGAGUUUCUGGUACUGGCUCUUCCUGGCUUUGUAUGGAAACAAUUAACAGGGGAGGAGGUCAGCUGGAGCAAAGACUUCCCUGCUGUGGACUCCGUGCUGGUGAAGCUCCUGGAGGUGAUGGAAGUCAUGGACAAAGACACCUUUGAGUUCAAAUUUGGGAAUGAGCUGACCUACAAAAGUGAUCAGCGUGUGGUGGAACUGAUCCCCAAUGGCAGCAACGCUGUGGUGCGCUAUGAGGACCGCAAGGAGUUCAUCCGCCUG